ACACCGCGAACUGCACAGAAAUGGUUCAAGCCUUUCAAAAAUCAAUAAAUUUUCAUAAUAGCCACAAAACCAGAUCAAAAACACAAAAAAAAAUAUAUAAAAAGUCAUUAUUUUAACACGGCGCACGAACUUUUUCCUCAACCUGAUAAACGGUGUGGCAUUUUUGACACACUUAUCGUUAAUUAACUCAAAAACUAUAAGAGCUAGAAAGUUAAUUCUAACACCAUUCAACGCAGCUCGCUUUACUCUACUUAUGAUGUAAAAAUGCAGUUUUUCUGUUCAGGUCUCGAACUUUCAGAAAGUCUUCUUCAGUGCGUAACGGCCUGACAUAAAACGACCCUAAAUUUAAGGAUUGGUAAUAAAGCCCUAAUCUCCCGCAAAAGUAUCUAUCCAGCUGGAAAGUUUCAAGAGUAUUUUUGUAGAACAUCGAACGAGCUAUUCAACGGUAAAAAAUUUUUCUCAGAACUAUUUUUGCUAGGGUAUAAAAUGCAAAAAAACAAACGUAACGCCGUGACAUUUUUCGUAAAGGUGUCACACACUUUUCUGUCGCACCAUUUUUAGGCGCUAAACGUUGUUCAAAAACUUCAUACUUAUAGUCUGUGUAGGUGUAGGUUUUCUGGAAAGACUCCAGUUGAAAAUAAAGUUCAGAAAAUUUUCCGAGCCUUUCAGACCAAGGGGGAAGUUGAAAUUGUUCAAGCAGUAACUCUCUCUCGACUGGAAGAUAGAUCUCAAAACACAAUGAGCCGUUUUGUAGAGAAUUGAUUCUCGAUUCAAUGGUGUGCCUUUAAAAUCUUUUGAACAAAACAUCUAGGUCAGAAAAUUGAAAUUAACGCAUUUACAAACUUUAAAUUAAAAUUUUUAUAUUGAAAAUUAAUUUUUUCUACAAAAAAAACGUUAGAUUCAUGAGCAGCAUUAAAAUCUGCCUCUAGUGAUAUGCCGCUAUCGAUUUUCCGAUGAAAACAAUUCAAAAAACUUGAUCAGCUAAGUGUCAUGUUACGUGGACAAGCCGCUAGAUUCAUUACCAAAUGAAUCUAUUACUUUAAUUAGAGGACAAAUACUGCAUACGCUUUCCAGAUCAAUGAUGAGAAGAGGUAGCAAUCGUGAAAAAGUACAGGACUAAUGGCGGAUAUAUAUAUAUUAUCAUACGCCAUUAUUCAUAACGUUUAAAGUUAAUACUGGGAUUUCUUAUAAAAACACCCAACCGUCUUUUAAAACCUGAAAGUUCCAUAAAAGUUCAACGUUUAGGCGAUUAUUUAAUUUAGCAGAGUUUCGAAACCAACAAAGGCAAACUAGUACCAAAUGGCGAUACCGCAAAAUUAGACUGUAAAAUGAUGAGUCAUCGGGUUAACGACACCAGAAGUUUUUGCCUACUACAUUCGACCAAGCCUAACUGGUCCACCAGUCCGACUAAUACCAAGUCGAACUGGAGAUUGGAGGGAUUGUUGCCAUGCCGGACUGAUACCAAUUCUCCAAGCCUAAGAUUGGAACUGGUGUAUGCCUAGUAUUACUUUCUUUACCCACGGGAUUUUUUUCGUACCCACUUUUUGCUUUAAGUGGCAACAGUGCCAUUCGAUUAUCUAAAAAUUUUGCAAUAUUAAAUUUCUUUUCGUUUGGAAGAGAGAGAACACUUGGGACUAGUGCCUAAUGUUGGGCUUUUUUCCCAAGUUUUAGAAGCGAAAUGUGUUGUGUUUUUUCAACUGCAGCAGUAAUCAAUAAGAAAAAAAGUGCUUUAUCAGCCAUUCACGGUAAAACGAUCUAUCUGAAUGAUAUAGCCGAUAACAGCUUUGACAAUAACCUUGACUACUUCAGAUGUUAGAGAAUUUCCAGAAAUAACGUUUUUAAGUCAAAGGAAAGAUGAAGAAAAUCUGAUUGAAAUAUAGGAUGUAGGGCAAUUCUUGCAUUAUUAAACAAAGGACAUUACAAUACAUAGUGGGAAAGGCUCUCUUCCGUCACGUUGUCACAAGAGCAGAAGGUAUCAGAGACAAGAUUACGAAGAUACAAGUCGUUUCGCAGUAGUGAAAAACCUACUCUACAUCUAAAAAACGUUAUAGCUGCAUCUCUGUGGUAAAGAAAAGGUAUCUUCGGUAUUUUUCGUGGUGGUAAUAUGCAAAUUUUGAAUUUUGCUAGAUACUGCAGAUUUAAAACAAAAAAGUUCAAAAGUUUUCUUCACAAUUUCAAAUUUUUAUUGAAACAAAAUCAAGAGUUUUCUCUCAAAUGGCAAGAAUAUUCACGAAAAUUUCAAAAGCUUUCGUCGAAAUUUCACAUCUCUUUCAAAAAACACCAAGAAUUUUCUUCAUUGUUUCGAAGCUUGCUCAAAAGUUUUAAGAAUUUACCGAGUGAAAAGUUAUUUAAUUAUAUUGAUCAUGUUUUAUUUUUCACACCUAAAGGAUGGUUAGCUUAUCAAGGUCGACGAGCAGAUGCUCAUGAUAAACUUCUAGAUGCUGUUGAAAAGAACCCACAACCAGCUACCAAUGGGGAAAGAUAAACGAGAGACGAGGUUUUAGAGUCGUCUAAUCAUUGCUGUAACUCAAACUGUAUUUAUCUUCUUCGUUUUCAUGAAAAUACAAAUUAUCCUUAUUCUGACAAUGUAGUGACAUCAUCCUUACUGCCUGGAGCAGUGAUAGAAAGACGUCAACCAUUAUUAUCCACACAUUGUAAUGAAUCAAUAUUAAAACCUAUUGAAUAUGUAAUUCGACGUACAUUUAGACAAUUGAUAAUCAGAAAUUAUACCAUUGAAUCAAUAUAUUGCAUUGCUUAUUUUAUUCUUGGCAUGCUUAUUGGAAAAUUGUUUAAUAAUCAAACACAAUCACAUGAAAUUGCAAUAUUUCCAUCAAUUUAUUUUAUGAUAAGUCUUAGUUUUGGUGUAGCUAUAUGUAUAUCAAGUCAACAUUUAUUUGGUAUUGAAACGAUUAAUGGUACAUAUAUACGUGAAACACAUAACCAUUACCAUCCAUUACAAUAUUUUAUUGCUAAAACAGUUAUUGAUACACUACAUUUAUUUAUUCAUCCAUUAUUAUUUUUAUCAAUGUUAUAUAUUGAAAUUGAACCAAGAGCUAGUUUUCUUAGUUAUCAUAUUGUUGUUUGUCUUAUUUCAUUUUCUUGUUCAGGUAUUGGAGAAUUAGUUUCCGUUAUAUUUCCUCUUACUGAAUAUUCAUAUUUAGCUGGUACGUUAAUUGCAUUAAUAUCAUGUUUAGUAUCAGGAUUCAGUCCGCCAAAAAAUGAAUAUCAACAUGCAUCUUGGAUAAUUUAUUCAUCAUAUUCAAGACAUGCACAAAAUCUGUUAUUUUUGUAUGAUACACAUCAAUAUUCACAAAUAUCAAUAAGAAUAAAACAAGUUUAUGGAAUACACAAAUUGAUCAAUUAA